GGCGGGGUCGGGACGGAGAGUCAAGAUGGCUUCGCCCCAUUACCGAGGAGCGUCCGGAGGUGGGAGCCGGUGGGCGGUCGCCGUCGUCGGUCGGGACUUGUAACUCGGAGACGCCGCGCGGGAUUCUAAAUGGCUUCUAGGAAGUCGGGGUCUGACUUUCAUGGACCCUUCAGUUACCUUGAUGAUGUUCCAUUUAAGAUAGGAGAAAAGUUCAGAACACCAGCUAAAGUGGGCCUACCCAUUGGUUUCUAUUUGCCAGACUCUCCCCAACUGAUACGGGAAGCCCAGUAUGACUUUUCUCUUGAAAAGAAAACCGUCGAGUGGGCUGAGAACAUUAAAAGAAUCCAAGCUGUCCAGCAAGAAACUGAGCAGAGAGCCAAGCUGGCAUUGGAGGAGCAGCUGUCCGAUGGUCGCUGUCCGGGGGCUGCUGUGCCUCUUCCCAUCAACCCCAUUCUGGCGGGUCUGCAGCACAACUCUAUACUUACUCCCACCCCGGCCAACAGCAGUGCUUUGAAGCAAAAGGUUUUGAGUCCGCCUCACACGAAGGCCGAUUUCAACCCAGCAGACUUUGAAUGUGAAGAAGAUCCCUUUGACAAAUUGGAGUUGAAAACCCUGGAUGAUAAGGAAGAACUGAAAAACAUCCUUCAGAUCCACGUUGACACAACAGGGCCAAUAGUUGCCCAACUUCUUGACAACAGCUUGCCCAAAGUAGCAUCUCAGUCUGUGUUGCAAGACCAAGAGGUUUUGGCCUCCUUAGAAAGGGUGACCUUGGACCUCAAGCCCCUCCACAAACCUAAUGGUCUUGUUACCUUGCCCCAGUUGGGUGGGCGUGAAAAGAUGUCUCUGUCUUCCAAAGUGUCCCUGUCACCUGUGACAUCGGUGAGCAAUAUCAAGUCCCUCUCCUUUCCAAAGCUGGAUUCGGAUGAGAGCGACCUGCAAGCGGCCAGGCUCGCGAACACGUACCGCAGUGCGGCCUGCAUGCACAACGGCACUUUCCUUGGCUCUUUGGCAGACAAAGCCAAUGAGCUGAACGGACAUCACGUGAUUGGGCUUUCCGCCUUCCGCGUGGACCCCGGCCUGGAGACGCAGACGUUAUCCUCCGUGUCCAGGCUUCCUUCCCUGCCCACCUCAGUAGCAUGUACAGAAGACAUUCCAGCUCUCACUGCAGCCACAGUGGUAACUCACCAAAGUUUCCUGACAUCUCAAGUGCCCAGUACCACCAGUUGUGCAAAAGGGCCAGGUAGCUUCGCGUAUGGAGAUGUGCUGCAGGCUCUUUCCUCCAGUGAACGGGAGUGUCUUGAAAUUGUUGUCAGUAUGGGCUAUUCUUAUGAAGAUGUCUUAAAAGCUAUGAAGAGGAAGGGGCAGAGCAUAGAACAGGUCCUUGAAUACCUGGUGGUUCAUGGGCAACUCUGUGAGAAGGGCUUCGAUCCACUCCUUGUAGAAGCUGCUCUGGAAAUGUAUCAGUGCUCAGAAGAGAAGGCCACCGAGAUUCUCCAGCUAAUGAGUAAAUUUAAAGAAAUGGGAUUUGAACUGAAAGAUAUUAAAGAAGCAUUGUUAUUACACAACAAUGACCAGGACAAUGCCCUGGAGGAUUUAAUGACCCGAGCAGGGGCCAGCUGAGACGUGUGCGGAGCAGCCUUCACUGCCCUGGCCACUGGACCUUGCCAUCACCGCAUGGGUCUCUGGUGCUGCGGGAAGGAGAAUGUCACGAGGAUUCUGCGUUCCAGAUACUGUCUCAGCUGAAAGAGCUGGUCCAUUGCCAUGCCAUCACUCCGGUCAGCUGUGCCCACCCAAGAGAGUCCAAACUGCUUUCUCCGAUUAAAGUUUUAAGUGCCCUUCCCUAAGUUUGUUUCUUUGGGUAGGCCAGAGGCUCUGGACUGAGUUGUACAGACAGGUCAGACUAGUUCUUUCUCCUGAUCCCCCCCAACACCCUCCCCCGGUCCCUUUGCACUGGACUCAGAGAAGUAUCAACCUGGCUCCGGAGCGAAUUAUGCUUGAGUUCCUUACAACUGCUUUCAUUUGUGUGCCUGCUUGUACCGCAACAUUUGACUCUUGUUAAAGUUUGAUAGAAGUGCAAUGGAAUUUCAGUUUUACUCAGCUGGGAAGGGUAUCUUUGGUUGAAAGGAGGUAGGUAACUUAGUGCAACACUGGUUCGCUAACUGCCACUGUGCACAGAGAAACUGUACGACUUUCUCUGGCGUGGUGGCCCUGGCUGCUCGUCUUUCUGCCAGUUUUCAGAACAGAUAAGCUGUGAAAUCCUUUGCCCCUUGGCUAUUCUGCAUAUCUGACCCGGGAGUUUUUGGAUCUGUCCUGCCCAAGCUGAUAGGUUUCCUAUUUAAGCCAAGUCCCUCUGGAGAAAGUGAAGUAACUGACAUUUUAACAUACAGUGUGAAAUCAGAGGUCUCUCUUUCAAGCACUUUCUUUACAAUAUUCACUGCAUUGGUUCCACUUUUUCACAGUUAUAAUUAAUCUAGUAAUAGGAAUCAGACUUUGGGUUUUGAUAGCAAGAAGUAUUAUGCUGUACAUGUUUAAAGAUUUAAAUUCAUAAAAUAUAAGCAGUCUUGAUCCUUGAAGUAAUUUGCUGAGUAUUUUGGUUCUGCAGAAAGAUACUAAUAAAAUCUUAAAAUGUG